CAUUGCUUACAACUAACGCUCUUCCCCUUUUUUCCUACAACCCUCCAUCAAUCCAGGGCUCAAACUGUCAAAAACAUGGCGAAUCUUAAUUAUUUAAUAUUAGCUACUGAAGUUCUACAAUAAAUAAAACUAGAGAUUUAGUUGUUUAUGAGUGCUGAAAGUCUGAAAAAUGAAAUGUAAUAAAAGAUGAACAGUAUAAAUGUAAGUCGAAAGGAUGUUGUAUUAAGAACAAUUGAUUUUGAAAAAUGUAAAUUACUACUGCAAUUAAAUUUUCUUUUUAUUCUUAUUCUUUCUUUUUUUUGCUGGGGACCUCUUAGCAGCUUUAUGUUCUUUUAACUUAAAAAUUUUCUAUCUGUUCAAAAAUAUCACACUUUUUUUUACUGGGGUGGGGGCGGCAAGGAAGAAACCUACGCUACGCCACUUUAAAAAAAGGAGCUGCAAUUAACGGUACACAAUUUGACAUCAGGAACCAAAAUGUCCGACGAAGAAUCCGGAUGACAUAACCGACACCCGCUUCCUGCGUCACUGUUUGGAAACUUUUCUUCCUUCCUCCUCUUGUUACCGCGUAGGCGAUGAUAACAGAACAGCAGAAGAGAUGCAGCACCCCGUGUGUACGAAUCCUGCAGGGCUGGCGGGGAAGUUCCUGCCGUCGAAUCCCUUCAAUCUCAACCAGUCCUUCCUCGAGAGUCCAUCCGGCGGAAUCAAAGUCGCCCACACACUUUUGGGACUGAUCUGUCUCUCCGUCAUAGCACACUACUGCCAGUUUUUCCACCCACUGACGGGCGCUUCCCUGGGCAUACUCUGCAGUAAUAGCGCCGCCUUUUUCUUGCUCGUGACGUACGGCUGUUUCGUGACCUCAACGCUACUCCUCAUCUCCAGCCUGCUAUCCUACUUCUGUGCAUCGUUCCUACCGAAGACUGCCUUCGAGUUUGCAUACCACGUGACGUCGUGCAUCCUUUACCUGUCUUCAAGCAUGAACCUGUUGCUUUCUCUGGUGGCCAACAUUCCGCAAGGAACCAACUUCCAUGAGCCGGGAUUCGACGCAAAGGUCGCAGCGGCGGUCUUGGGAUUAAUCAACAGUUGCCUCUACGGCGCUAGCUCUUACUUCUCCUACAUAUCGCUGAAGCAAAUGUCUUAAAAACUCCGUGAAAAAAAAAGUCUGAAGCGAUUUUUUACUGAAUAUGCCGUUGGGAAAACUACUGUUCAGUGUGUAAAACCAAAUGCAUUGGAUUUUACCUACAUAAUGAAUUUGACCGCAACGGAAUUCUUCUCAGGAUUAUUGACUUCAAUUCAAUAUCGGCGAGUAAAAUUUUGCAUCAAUAUGACUCAUUUAAAAAGAAAAAAAUGGAAGUAGUUAAGUUAUUUGAAGUAUUUAUAGGAUUUUUUAAUCGUUUCACCUGUUUUUUUAAAUGCAUUUAUGUACAAUGUAGGGGAAUGUGGGGCAAAGUGAAAUGGUUAAGAUUUCUGAUUUUUUUCAAAAUUUACAAAUCGGAAAUUUAUUUUGAAAAUUACAGUACAUAAAGAAAGAACAUUGUGUUUUACAAUAAAACUUGCGUUGAAACAGUAUUUUUAAUUUUUGGCAAGAAAUUUUAGUCUUCAAAAAAAGUGGAAAUUUUUCACU